AUUUUGAGGUUUACUUAUCAUAGCAACUGCAUUCCCCUAAGUAAUACCGUGUGUAAAUGUAUUUCAGGGAUGGAGUCCCAUCCUAGCUUGCAUGUUGAAGGAUACACAGUGAUCUACAGCUCCUUACUCUGCUUUGCCCAAUGGGACUCUCCUCGUAGUGUUGGUGGAUGGCCUCACCUCUCCAAGCAACUCGGGCAUGCAGGAGGAAGAUGCAUACUCCUCUCUUCAGUGGGAUAAUCCAACCCCAAACCCUUUCCAGAAACAUCUGUCUUCCACCAAGUAUUCAGGAACAUGGUGUCUUGCGAUGAUGGUUUUAUGUAUUUUCUGCGUUGGCUCACUAGCAACCUCCAUUUUUUUUGGCAUUAAGUUGUUCCAGGUGUCUGCUAUCGUAAUGAAGCAGCAAGAAAAACUUACCCAACAGGACAGAGCACUGCUGAACCUCACACAGUGGCAGAGAAACCACAGCCUCCAGAUGAAAUAUUGCCAAACCUUCAUUGAAAACUCUUUCUGUUCAGGUAGCUAUAACUGCAGCCCUUGUCCAGACAAUUGGAUACAGAAUGGAGAAAGUUGUUACUAUGUCUUUGAAAAUUGGAAAAUUUGGCACAGCAGUAAAGAGGAUUGUUUGAAAGAAGGCUCUAAUCUCCUACAAAUAGACAGCAAAGAAGAAAUGGACUUUAUCACUGGCAGCCUGGGGAAGAUCCAAAGUGGCCAUGGUUACUGGGUGGAACUGUCCCAGGACGGACUCAGUCAGCCGUGGCUUUGGCAAGAUGACUCGGCCCCUUCCCCUGACCUGUCGCCUGUACAGACACCCCAGUCGACUAACCAGCUGUGUGGGUAUCUCAAGGACAAGUUCCUCUCUCGCGCUAACUGCAGCUUUUGGAAGUAUUUUAUUUGUGAGAAGUAUGCGUUAAGAUCCUCUGUCUGAAAGAAAUUGUGCUCGAAGGGAUCUCUUACAAAGCAUUUGGAACAGGUCACUGGAAAACCUACCCCUAAAGGACACAGAGCAAGUGCAGAAGUAAACCAGUGCGUGAGCGAUGAAGCUGCCUACCUGGGACUCAAGACUUACUGUGGCAUUUAUACUAGGUAACGUUCGUCAAUACCUUCCAGAAACUCAUUUGACAUUGUUCAGAUUGCUUAGAAUAAAACUAAUUUAGAGCUACAGAGGACAAAACCCUACAGGUUUUUGAACAAACUGAAGAAAAAUAAUUUCCAUUCUUUUUUUUCCUCUUCCUUUUCUUUAGUCUACGGUGACGGUGAAAUCCAUACAGAAAUCUAUAAAUCAUUGCUGAGGUGAUGUAGUUCUAGCUGACUGAUUUUUCAAUAAAUAAAUGAAUAAAUGUGGCCUUUUAAACGGACUGUCUUACCAGAUAAUUCUAUGCAUGUUUUAGGCUUGUAGGCAUUAUAUUAUUGGGCUGGGAAGGUGGGAGGUUGGAGAUACGGGUUUUCAAACUGGAAGACAGGCUGCCAUCUGUUUCCUGUAAGAUAAUAAAUACCCUUUUCAUGGCUGUCGGAUUCUCAUGGAGAGGUGAGCCACUAGCACUUCAGGUAAGCGGAAGGAAUAGUCAGGUUGGCAGCACCAGGGUGUCUCCGUCAAGGACAGCUGCCCGUCCCACCGCUCACCAGUCAAAGGGCUCACGGCCGGACUCAAAGUUAACACUGCAGAACCUUUAAAUGCAUCUCUCUGGGCCUCAAUUUCUUCACUGUAAAAUAGUAACAGACUUAUUUCAAAAUAUUAUUUGAGGAUUAAAUCAUUAAUAUACGUAUCAUCAACCUUAUUUGUGUGUUCCAGGUAAAAAAUUGCCCCUUCUCAAGUUACAAGAAUAUUGCAAAGAUAAGUUUUAUAUGUAAAAUGUCAGCUUUCUGGAGAGAGUAUCUGUUUUAAAGUUAAUGAAUCUUCUCAAAUAAAUAUAUAGACAAUCCGUGUCCUAAGUUUGCAACCUUCUUGAACAUGAAAUAGCUUGUUCCCAAGAGACAGUUGAUAGGAAAGUAUCUUGUGAUCUAGAGAAAGACAAAUUCCUUCCUAAUUAUUAUUAUUGUGAUAUUACUUUUCUACCACUUAUUAUUCCUUAUUAUCCCCAGAACAGCUUACUACAAAGUAGAUUCUCAUCAAAUACUUGCUAAAGUCAAUAUAAUUUCAUUUAACUUUUCAUUUUUCACAAGGAGUAGCUGAGCUACAUGAGAUUCUCAUCUUUAUGUCUUUACAACAAAAAGCCCACUUCAAUCAAUGAAGUAAAAUAAACCCUAGUUCGCCGAGGCAGUGUCGGUCGUUUAAAUGAACCCAGCAGUCUAUUGUAACAGGUCACGUCUGAAUGAUAAGGUCCUUCAAGAAUGGGAAGGGCAUGUUUUGGGGUUUCUUUUCCUUUGUUUACCCUUGGUCUGGAGUUUAAAUGGUUUGAAUUUCAACAAAAAGGAUUUUCUCCAGUUUUCUGCUGAACCUAGAAAAGGAGAAUAGCAAAGAAAACCCAGCCUAAAUUGUCUCCUGUGUUGGGUUUGCACAGCUGUCCGCUGGCAGCUGAAUAUAAUUAACCUGGAAUAAAGGAGAAACAAUAGCACUUACUAGUCGUAAAGACUGUUUGUCUUCAAGAUUCUUCAAAGUAUUGUCAUGGAACUAUGUUUAGAGAAACGAUAGGAAGCAUUUAAUAAGUCUUUUAAGAAAAAGUACAAUGAAGCAGAAGGCAAACAUCCUCCGGCUGACGUCACCCUGCCAGUGUUUGGUGCAGUAUUUACAAGUCAGAAUCUUCUCUCAGGGCAGCUGGCAUGAGCUCCUACACAUUUCCUCGGGGGCCAUGCUGCUUUCCACACAGAUAUUAUGGGGGGAAGAUUUUUUUUUCCUGCAGGUUGCUUUUGACCCAUAAUACCUAGGCCUUUUCCAAGGCAGAGGUAAGAGAUCAGGCUCUAGCCCUGAGAUAACCAGUUCAGUAUCAUAGUCUCACCAAUAAUGAACUGAGUAUCUUCGGUUCACCCCAAUGAGUUCCAAGUUAGCUUUAAGAAAAGGGAACAUGAAAGUUUGUUCUACAGAUGUAAAGAGGCUUUGUUAUAUGGAAUGGCUAAAG